AUGAACGACCUAUUUUCAAACUCGUUCAAACAAUACAGUGACCUGAAAGAUCAGGCACAGGUAGAUGACCUGGAGGCAGCGAAAGAAAGCGUGAACCUCGACAAGUUCUUCGACGAUGUAGAGAACGUGAAAGAGGACAUGAGGAGCGUGGAGAAGCUAUACAGAAAGCUGCAAGAGGCGAACGAGGAGAGCAAAACGGUUCACAACGCCAAAACAAUGAAGGAGCUUCGGGCGCGCAUGGAUCAGGACGUGGAGCAGGUGCUGAAGCGCGUGAAGGUGAUAAAGGGGAAGCUGGAGGCGCUAGAGCGGUCGAACGCGGCGAACCGGAACCUGCCGGGGUGUGGGCCGGGUUCUUCGGCGGACCGGACGAGGACGUCGGUGGUGAGUGGGUUGGGGAAGAAGCUGAAGGACAUGAUGGACGAUUUUCAGGGGCUGAGGAUGCGCAUGCAGAUGGAGUACAAGGAGACGGUGGAGCGGAGGUACUUCACGAUCACGGGGGAGAAGGCGGAGGAGGAGACGAUCGAGAAUUUGAUAUCGAGUGGGGAGAGCGAGAGCUUUCUGCAGAGGGCGAUUCAGGAGCAGGGGAGGGGUCAGAUAAUGGACACGAUUUCCGAGAUUCAGGAGCGGCAUGACGCAGUGAAGGAGAUUGAGAGGAACUUGUUGGAGCUUCACCAGGUGUUUUUGGACAUGGCGGCGCUCGUGGAGUCGCAGGGGCAGCAGCUCAACAACAUCGAGAGCCACGUGGCGUAUGCCAGUUCGUUUGUGCGACGGGGCACCGAGCAACUUCAGGAGGCCCGAGAACACCAGAAGAGUUCCAGGAAGUGGACGUGUUAUGCCAUCAUUCUUGGCGCUGUGCUUGUUGUUGUGCUUCUCUUCCCUCUCUUGACUUCGCUUUUGCCUUAUUUGUUGCGGAAGUGA